GCCUAGGAUGUCACAAAGGCAGGAUGUCCCUGACCAAUCAGGGGCUAGAGCUCAGGGAUAUAGUGGGCAGGGCUGAGUGCUGGUGUCUAGAGAGACCCGGUCCGGCUGGAGAAUCAAGCAGAGCUGACAGGACCCAAACCCAGCAGAUAUCAUGGCAGAAGAGCAGAACCGUGACAGCUCCUAUCAGAAUCCAGCCUGUCUUCCAACAGCCGAGCUACAGUUCCCUGUGAGCUACCUGGACCGCCUUCUGCAGAAGGAUGAACACGCCCAGCAUCCGAGUUCAUCCACAGAAGAUUUCCUCGUUGCCAUGCUCGACUGCCUUACCGACUACAUCCUGGAGAUGGUAGGCAACGAGGCCACCAAUAGCAGUAGCAUCCCACAAGAUGUGGAGGGAGGAGUGAACAACAACAGAGAGCCCCAGCGCCAAGUGAAGGAUGCGGCCUUCACUCUGUUUGACAAGAUGCCCGGAGGCAGGAAGAACGGCUGAAGCCUGGGUCACAGAGCCUGGUGGGAGUCCUCAGCCACAGCUCAAGCAGAAAGUUCUCACAGCUGAGGAGUCCUGGCUUCUGUCAU